GAGAUGUGCGGGCCGGCCACGCGCUGCUGCCGUGCGGGGAGAUCUCCCUGAGCGAGAGAGAGAGCUUCAGAGCGAGCCGAGAGCCGAGGGAUGUCUGGGGACGUGCUGCGUAACGGCACGCGCGCAGGCUGCGGCGGCAUCAACAUGAACUUUACGCACAGCCUGCUGCCGCCGGUGUUCGUGAUCGUGUUCGUGGUGGGCACGCUGGCCAACGUGUGGGGUCUGAGGAGCGUGUGCGUCAGCUGGAAGAACAUCGGGAGCAUCAACGUCUUCAUGCUGAACCUGGGGCUGGCGGACCUGCUCUACCUCUCCACGCUGCCCUUCCUCGUGCGCUACUACGCCACGAACAGCCUCUGGGAGUUCGGACAGCCUUUCUGCAAGAUCACGCGCUUCUGCUUCAACCUCAACCUGUACGGCAGCAUCGGCUUCCUCACGUGCAUCAGCAUCUACAGGUACCUGGGCAUCGUGCACCCCAUGAGGGUGAUGGGGAAGAUCCGGACGCGGCACUCCGCGGCCAUCAGCGCGCUGGUCUGGGCGCUCGUGGUCAUCCAGAUCCUCCCCGACAUGUUCUUUGAGAAGAACGACCAUUCGAAGCCGCUGUCGUGUUUUGACACGACCUCCAACAACCUGACCGAGGCCUACCUGACCUACAGCCUGGCCUGGACGGCCACGGGCUUCGCGCUCCCGCUGCUGAUCAUCCUGGUCUGCUACGGACACAUCGUGGUGGUCCUGUCCAGGAAGUCCGGCGUCAACCCGCUGCUGAAGCAGCGCAGCCUGAAGCUGGUGGUGAUCCUGGUGAUCCUCUUCUCCACCUGCUUCAUCCCUUACCACGUCCUCCGGAACCUCAACCUCCGCACCAGGAUCCUGAAGCUCGACGGGAUCUGCCGCCGCAGCUUCGACCACAUCUACCUGGCGCACCAGGUGGGCCGGUGCCUGGCGUGCCUGAACAGCGCCAUCAACCCGCUCAUCUACAUCGUGGGGAACGACCACUUCCUCCUGAAGCUGCACAGCUUCAGCCAGCGCACGCGCCAGUCCCUGAGCAGCCUCACGGGGACCGUCAUUUACCGCAAGGCCGUGGAGGUGGACACCCGGAUGGACACGCGCGUCACCAUGGUGCAGGUGGGCGAAUGAGACGCACGGUGGGAGCGCGCCUGAAUGCUGUCCUCCUGUCCCCCCCUCCUCCCCAGCUGGAGGACCUGUCCUGUCCCCUCCUCUCCGGCUCUGGACCGGACGCUGUCCAUGUCGUGCGCGUGCUGCUGCGUGUCUGCGGUCCCAGGAGGAGACUGAUGUUUGCUUUGACAGCUGUGGAUAGUUAUUUAUAAGGCGCAGACUUUGCACUGUUACAGGUGAAGUGUUACACAUGCUUCCUGUGUUUUCUCUCACUGGUGUUCAACGUCUGGCCCGUGGGCCUUUACUUUGCAUUGGCAAUGUAGUUCAGAGGCCCAUGUUUUUUCUUCCCAGUUUGUGUGGCUUCUGCUUAGAUUUCACAUAAUAAAUGAGAAGAAGGCAUCCAGCAGGCCGGAUGUGUCCCUGGAGUGUCAAACAUGUGGCCGGUGGACCAGCACCAGGCCACCGCUGCUCCUGUGUGUGAACAUGAGAGGUGAAGCGGGAGCUUCUCACAGUGAGAGACUGCGGUGGAGGAGCAGACGUUUAACCCUGAAGUUCAGCUUAGAGAAAGCAGCUGUAGAAUCACAGACUUCAUAAAACCUGCAGGCUGCAAAUAAUUGACCGUUCGCUCUGUUCAGCAGUGUUAUUCCACUCGUCGUUGUUCGUUGUUCUGUCCAUCUGUGUUCCACGUCCCUCUUUUCAUCCUGUGUUCACUCUGCAGGGAGUCAGAUUUGGACCUGACUGAACAUGGAUCUGGUUGUGACUGUUAUGUGAAAUAAACGCAAAGAAGAACUGGCGAAUGUGAACACAUGAAGCAGCCCAGAAGCACAUCUGUGUUUUCAUCAUUUAUGGUGACAAAACUGAAAAGAGUAAAUAUAAAACCCAAAGAAUUUUUUUUAAAAGGCGUCUUCAGUAACGACCCAUUCAUGAUUCCAUUCGGGUUUUAUUUUAGGUAAAACAUGAUGAAAGUCCCGUCCAGAUUCAUUCAAAUCUGAUGGAUGCCAGUUCUGCCAGUCUUUUGCGUUGUGUGCUGGAUCUCUGAGGAAUGAAUAAAAGUGGAAUAUGUUUCUUAUGGCUGA